GAAAGAGUUAAACCGAGCGCGUUCUCGGAGCUUCCCCGGGAGCGCGCAGAAGCAAAUAGACAGCAGGUCCGUGGAUCAGCCGGGGUACGGACGGUGCCGAGUACUGGCUGUGGAAACAAGGAGACCCGAGCGUUCGGUUCCGGCGGCGGGUUCUUCUCGUGGAUUUGCGUGACGGGAACUUUUACUCAACGGUACCGACGCACAUCGAGGCUCGUGGGGGAUAGACUCGUCCACAACAAUGUCGGGGAGCAGGGAGGAGGAGAGGAGGAAACUGGCCGACAUCAUCAACCACUGGAACGCUAACCGGCUCGACCUGUUCGAGAUCAGCCAGCCCACGGAGGACCUCGAGUUCCAUGGCGUGAUGCGGUUCUACUUCCAGGACCGGGUGGCCGGUAACUUUGCCACAAAGUGCAUCAGGGUCUCCAGCACAGCGACGACGCAGGAUGUCAUUGAGACGUUGGCUGAGAAGUUCAGACCAGAUAUGAGGAUGCUGUCCUCUCCGAAGUACUCCCUGUACGAGGUCCACGUCAGCGGCGAAGAGCGUCAGCUGGACCUGGACGAGAAGCCUCUUGUUGUUCAGCUGAACUGGAACAAAGACGACAGAGAGGGACGCUUCGUCCUGAAGAACGAGAACGACAUCCUGCCCAAGAAGAGCCAGAGUAACGGGCCGGAGAAGGAGAAAGAUGGAGUGAUACAGAACUUCAAGAGGACUUUGUCUAAAAAGGACAAGAAGAAGGAGAAGAAGAGGGAGAAGGAGUUCGCUCGGAUCCCCGAUGGAGAUGAACAGACUUUGGGCCGUGAAGACGGGGAAAACAGUUGUCUGGCGGCCGAGGUUUAUAAGGACAUGCCUGAGACCAGCUUUACCAGAACAAUUUCCAACCCGGAGGUGGUGAUGAAGAGGAGACGGCAGCAGAAACUGGAGAAACGCAUGCAGGAGUUCAUGAGCAGCGACGGGAGGCCAGAAUCGGGCGGUACUUUAAGAAUCUAUGCCGACAGUUUGAAACCCAACAUCCCGUACAAAACCAUCCUGCUCUCCACGAGGAACACGGCUGACUUCGCUGUGGUCGAGGCGCUGGAGAAGUACGGGCUGGAGAAGGAGAACCCCAGAGAGUACUGCAUCGCUCGGCAAGAUGAAAAAUCGGGCAAAGAUGUGAUUCUGGAUGAUUCCGAGUGUCCGCUGCAGAUCUUCAGAGACUGGCCUGCAGACAGAGGAUCGAUGGUGUUCCAGCUGAAGAAGAGACCACCUGACUACCAGGGGAGGAAAGGAAGGAAGGUGGACGACAAAGGGCUCAGAGGGAAGGACGGCUUGCUGCCUCCUGAGAAGUUGCCUUAUCUGGUGGAGCUUAGUCCUGGUCUCAGGACGUUUCAGCGGACCGGACGGAGCUCACUCUUCCAGCCAGCAUCGAGUUCAGAGACAACUCUGAAGACACCUUCCUGUCGGCCAUCAUCAACUACACCAACAGCUCCACGGUCCACUUCAAACUCUCGCCCACUUACGUCCUGUACAUGGCCUGCCGCUACGUCCUGUCGCCCGCGUACCGGCCCGACAUGUCUCCAUCGGAGAGGACGCACAAAGUCAUCGCCAUCGUGAACAAGAUGGUGAACAUGAUGGAAGGAGUCAUCCAGGAGAUUCCUGAAGGGGAUCAGAAGCAGAAGAACAUCGCCGGAGCGCUGGCUUUCUGGAUGGCCAACGCCUCGGAGCUGCUCAACUUCAUCAAGCAGGACCGAGACCUGAGUCGCGUCACGCUGGACGCCCAGGACAUCCUCGCCCACCUCGUCCAGAUGGCCUUCAAGUACCUGGUCCACUGUCUACAAGCGGAUCUGAAAAACUACAUGCCGGCCUUCCUGGAUGACCCAGAGGAGCACAAUCCACAGAGACCCAAGAUCGAGGACGUCCUGCACACGCUGACGGGCGCCAUGUCAUUACUGCGCCGCUGCAGAGUCAACGCCGCCCUCACCAUCCAGCUCUUCUCGCAGCUCUUCCAUUUUAUCAACAUGUGGCUGUUCAACAAGCUGGUGACGGACACGGAGUCGGGGCUCUGCUGCCACUACUGGGGGGCCAUACUCCGACAGCAGCUCAGCCACAUCGAGGCCUGGGCUGAAAAGCAGGGCCUGGAGCUCGCCGCCGACUGCCACCUCAGUCGUAUCGUGCAGGCCACCACCCUGCUGACCAUGGACAAGUACUCCAUGCAGGAUGUACAGAACAUCCACAACACCUGCUUCAAGUUGAACUCCCUGCAGCUCCACGCCCUCAUGACCAACUAUCACUGUGCCCCGGACGAGCCCUACAUCCCACCUGAGCUGAUCGACCACGUGGUGGCAGUGGCAGAGAACACCGCAGACGAGCUGGCAAGGAGCGACGGCAGAGAGGUGCAGCUGGAGGAGGACCCGGACCUCCAGCUGCCCUUCCUCCUCCCUGAGGACGGCUACUCCUGUGACGUGGUGCGAAACCUCCCCAACGGUCUGCAGGACUUCCUGGAGCCGCUGCUGCAGAGAGGUUUUUGUAGGUUGGUACCACAUCCGCGCUCGCCGGGUACCUGGACCGUCCACUUUGAAGGAGCUGACAACGACAGCCACUUUACGGCUGCCGACAACACCGAAAUGCCAAUGAGGAAAGAGCCGGAGGUUGUCACGGUAACCCUGAAGAAGCACAAUGGCAUGGGCCUCAGCAUCGUGGCUGCCAAGGGUGCUGGUCAGGAGAAGCUGGGCAUCUACAUCAAAUCUGUUGUCAAAGGUGGAGCAGCUGAUAUGGACGGUCGUUUGGCAGCAGGCGACCAGCUGUUGAGUGUCGACGGUCGCAGUCUGGUCGGGUUAUCCCAGGAGAGGGCUGCAGAGCUGAUGACGAGGACGGGCUCAGUCGUGACGCUGGAGGUCGCCAAGCAGGGAGCCAUUUACCACGGACUGGCAACGCUCCUCAACCAGCCGAGCCCCUUGAUGCAGAGAGCGGCGGACCGAGGUCGAGAUAAGAACGGGAAGAUGCGACCGAAGAGCGAAGGCUUCGAGCUGUACAACAACACGGCGCAGAACGGUUCUCCCGACAGCCCGCAGCCCGGCUGGGACUCUUACCCCGAGCCGAAGAAGAUGAGCGGUGAAGAGCGGCUUCUGAAGAACCGGGCCGACCACCGCUCCAGCCCCAAUGUGGCCAAUCAGGGCCAGAGUCCUGCGAGUAAGUCCGUGUACCCCGGAGGACCCGGCACGAAGAUCACCUCCGUCUCUACGGGCAACCUUUGUCCUGACGAUGAACCGUCUCCUCCUCAUCCAGAGGCCUACCCCAUCCCCACCCAGACCUACUCCAGGGAGUACUUCACCACCCCGGCCUCCAAGGGCCAGGAUCGGGUCAUGGGUCCAGGACAGCCACCCUCACAACACUGGCAGGUCAUGGAGGACCGAGAACGCCUCCCUGUGGUCGAAAACAUCCACAACAGCAUGCAGAGAAUCAAUCACUCCCAGGAGGAGCUGUACCCCCCACCUGUGAGGCCUGAUGAGCGCAUGCAGCCUCACUACCCGCAGGAAUACCAGCACCGGGAUCUGGACUACCAGCACCGAGGUCCACCAGGAGGUGUCGGAGGACCACAGGACCUCUGGACCCCGCAGCCGGUGUCCUCCUCGUUAGAGUCGUCGACAUCAAGUCAGGAGCACCUCAAUUUCUCCAAUUCUUCCACUUCUUCAAAUAAAGGCCAGAACCAGAGGACCGGGGCGGGGCGGUGGAAGACUCCCAACACCCCUCACGUUGUGCCGCCGCAUUCGGUGCAGGCGCCGUCCCGCUCCGACCUGCCCCCUCCUCCUCCGCCUCCUCCCGCUGCCUACCCCGACGCCUACGAUCCGCAGACCGACCUGCCGCUGCCGCCGCCUCCCACCGCCAUCAGCCCGGCGACGGCGCAGCAAGCCGCCGAUCGCAAGAAACGAGAGGAGCAGCAGCGCUGGUAUGAGAAGGAGAAGGCACGGCUCGAAGAAGAGAGGGAGAGAAAGAGGAGGGAACAGGAGAGGAAGUUGGGUCAGAUCCGGGCCAACCCCGUCAUGCCCGUCCAACCUCACAACAACGGAGGAGCCAUGCCUCCUCCUCAUCACCAGCCCCCAAUGGCCUCCAUGGCCCCGCCCCAGCCUUACCUCCCCCCGCAGCCUCAGCCUCCCCCUUCCAGACCCGAAAAGCUGUCCAGCCUGCCGCGGUCAGCGGUGCCUCCCACCGCCUGUGCCUCCAACCCUGCAGGCAUGGACACGGUGAUCAGGGAGCUGCUCCCUCAGCAGCAGCCGCGGACCAUCGAGAGGCGAGACCUGCAGUACAUCACCAUCAAUAAGGAGGGGCUGUCGGCCAGCGACAGUUUGUCUCCGGACCCCUGGAAGAGAGACGCCCGAGAAAAGGCAGAGAAACAGCAGCAGCUUCACAUCGUCGACCUGCUGGACAAAGAAAUCCAGGAACUUCAGUCAAAACCAGAGCGAACGGCAGAAGAAAGCGACCGCCUCAGGAAGCUCAUGUUGGAGUGGCAGUUCCAGAAACGAUUGCAGGAGUCCAAACAGAGCGACGAAGACGAGGAGGAGGAGGACGAUGAGGACAUGGACCACAUGCUGAUCAUGCAGAGGCUGGAGGCCGAGAAGAGAGCCAGGCAGCAGACUGCUGUCCCAGCUAUCUCUGUUCUAGACUUGAGGAGACAGGAGGAGGAGUACUACACCCGCCUGGAGGCGGAGCGGCGGCGGCGGCAGCAGCACGAGGACGCCGAGAGGAAGCUGCUGACGCCCGACGAGCCGACUGGUCUGUAUCGGCCCCCGCUGCCCAGGGACUACCAACCUCCCGCCCCCAGCAACCCUACUAACACCCCCCCACCCCCACCACAGAGAAACACCUCCUACCUCAAAACACAGGUCAUCUCCCCCGACACGCUCUACACCGCCAUGCUGGUGUCCUACGCGGGCGACGAGGAAGACGACGAGGAAGCCAACACGGCAGGGAGCGGCGGCGGUCAGUCAGGUCAGGCCAAGCUGUCGGCGACCCGGAAGUCGUACGGCGACCUCCCGGGCUCCGCCUCGCACGGUCACAACAGGCCUCAGCCGCCGCCCACUGCUCGCAAGCCCCGCCCGCUUUCCGACGGCAUCUUCCUGUCUGGCUCGUACCAACCGCCGGCCAACAACUCCAACAGUACAGGCCCCCCCCUUCCUGCCAAACCCAGCUCCGUCCCCCCAGGAGGCCAUAAAGGAUUUAACUCGUACACUGGAAACUCGACAGGAGUUGUAGGAUCAGACGUCUACAAGGACCCGAGAGACAAAUGGACGAAGAGUCAGGAGCAGGAGAACUCGGUCCCCGGCGACGCUCCGGAGAGUCUCACCUUCAAGGAGCGCCAGCGUCUCUUCUCUCAGGGGAAGGAGGUUUCCAACAAGGUCAAGGCUUCCCGCAAACUCAUGGAGCUGGAGAACGAGCUCAACACCAAGCAGUAGAACCCGAGCCCGCCGCCUCCCAGCGCCACCUUAACGCCAACGUUAAGGCGGUCCUGGGACGAGCCCAGAGAGCUCGCCUCCCAAACACUGACGGUCUCCUCGUGAUUGAACCCACCAAACUGGACCACCCACCUUCUUUUGACGUAGCGAGGUCGUUCCAGCAGGACGGACGUUGAACGGUUCAGAACUUCCUCCACUUCGAGUCUGGAGGAUCUUUACUGAUGAGGCACUGUAAAAAAGUUUUAAUUAUUUCUAGUGAGAAUUAGAGAACCACUACAAAGGGGGAUAUAUUUUUGUUUGUACAAUGGUUCUCGGGGAGAGGGCUCCAGAAAGAUUUAUUCUCAUUUUAAUUUUUUUUAAAUAGCUUACGGAAAUAUGAACCAUUUUAUGCUCUUGUUUUAAUUUUAUUUUUUUUCCACAUCAUGUUGUUUUAACUUUUAAUUCCUUCUUUGCCAGCAGAUUCUACCUGAAGUGAAGCUCCGGGACGUUUUUAUUUUUUUGAACAGUUCAACUCAGCGAGUGGAAACACUGUUGUUUCAUUCCGUAGCCGGAGAGACGUUUUUAUUUUGUGACGUUUUAGAUAAACUGAUCGAUGCUCCAGAGGAGGAUCGUGACAGAAAGGCCUCUGUUCGUGCACAACUUUACUGUAAAUAAUCCAGUCCGCAACUGUCUCACUCUUUCGAACUACUGUAGGAACCUGCCAGGAAACGGUAAAUUAAACGUACUAAUGCAACGAGCAGAGAAAAACCCACAACUCCUUUCUUUUAAACGUGUCUCCCCAGCUUUGGUUUUAGUUUCUUUUAAAGAAAAUAGGCUGUUUUGCAGAGUUGUGUGAAAUUAAUUUGAGUGAUUGAACCGUAAAUUCAAGUCAGAAAAAAAAAAAAAGGAAAUUUUCAAUCACAAUGUGAUUAAUGUUGGUUUUCACUAAAAAUAUUAUUAAAGGUAUAAGAACUACUCUUUAAGUGCUUGUUUACGUACCAGAUAUUUAUUUCGAACCUUGUGGACAAAUCUUCCCUGCACUUAUUUUAAUAUUAACUCUGUAUCUGCAGACUGUUGGGAGAAGCGGACCUUUCAUGCUGUGGUAAUCCGUGUUUUUCUGUCGCUCCAGCUGCAGCUCCAGAUGUUUUCAUCGCAGUGUCGUACACUUUCACAGUUCUAGCGACAGAAGGUUCUUUAACGUUCCCUCAGCUGCAGUUUGAGUGGCUCCAUCCUGUGUGGCCUCAUUUUAAUUUACAACAGAUGCACCGCGGUGAAGAAGAUGCUGUUGUACUAACUGACCUUAACAAACAAAAACAACAAAGACUCACUACAAAACACGUUUCUUUCUUUCCCUACAACAACUCCUUUAGGUUUCGGAACCGAGUCAUUUAAAUGGUUUCAUGUUUAGCCUUUUGUAAAUCAUUAAUAAAUGCAAAUUUUUCAACA